AAACUCUACUUCUCUCUUGGGUUUGCUGUUUUUUGUGCACAUCACAUAAUAAAACAGACUGUGACUUACUUAUCAAAGCAGAAUCCAACAAACAAAUUUGAUUUCAUUCAUGUUCUAAGUUUUCUUUAACUUUAGACCCCCCACACUUCUAGCUCACCAUCUCACUUCUCUCUGACAUUUUUCUGAACUUAUACUAGCUGCCAUUUGACCCCCUUUAUUUCUUUUUUUUUUCUUUUUUAUUCUCCCUUUUGUUUCUUCCCUCUGAGCUUUUGAAUCCAUUAAUACAACCUUCAACUCUAUUCUUGUUACAAUGGCAACAUCAGUGCAAUGUAGGCUACAAGAAAGGACUUUAGGAAUGGUGAUGAGGGAAGUAGAUGAAGACCUUGCAAUGUUUCUUGAGAUGCGCCGUAGCGAAAAGGAGAUGAAUGAUCAAAUUCCUACACACAACUCUGAGGAAUUGGAUCAGCAAUUAGGCUCAGAGGUUGACUUCUCUUUGUUAUCAAAUGGGGCAUCAACAGAGCCUGCUAAUCAAGAUUAUCUUCUAAACUCUGAGAAUGACAAGAAUGACUAUGACUGGCUCCUUUCACUGCCUCAUACCCCUUCAAAUCUAUCGCUAGAGGUGGAAGAACAGAAUAUUGCAGUACUCCAGAAUGCGAUAGAUUCUAAUUCAACUGCUCAAGACUGUAAAAUUGAGACAGAUUCAAGUACAACUGCUCCAGAAUCUAAAAUAAGAUUCGAGCAGGAUUUAGCUCAGCCUGAGAAUUCCCUCGAAGGACCCUCUUCGCAGAGUAAUUCAACUGGAUUGCCGGCCGUGUCCAGAAGCAAAAACUCUUGUCCUGGAAAUGGAAGGCCUUCAUCAUCAGGGGGUAAAAAGGCAACGUCCACAAGGUCAGCUACGCCUACUGGACGUCCUCGUAUUUCUGCAUCCAAGCCCUCAAGAGCUUCCACUCCUACUUCAAGAGCAACAUUGCCUUCUGUUAAGCCUGUUGCUUCCACAGCAAGAUCCUCGACUCCAACAAGAGCUGCUCCACGCUCUUCUACCCCAACCAGUAGACCCUCCAAACCAGCUGCCUCCAAGUCAGCAUCAAGGUCAGCAACGCCAACUCGUCGACCAUCAACUCCAUCAUCCAUUCCUAUUGUAUCGGUUUCUGGGGCUCGAUCUUCUUUGCUGACAAAAGCGGGAACCACAAUCUCCAAAAAAACUGCACCAUUACGAGGUACCUCUCCAACUGUGAAGUCUAGGCCAUUGAAACCCUUGGAGACGCCAAGUCUGUCGCGUGAUUCUUCUAUCAAUUCUAAGACAUUGGUGCCUAAAAGGCCUGCAUCUGCAUCUAGGGGAAGACCGACUGCACCUGCUGCUCGACCCUCUACCACUAAUUCAAGUUCUGAUGGAAAACCCAGGCGGAAAUCAUGUUCUCCUUCUAGAGGACGAGCAACAAAUGCUACUAUUUUGAGCAAUGCAACCACUCUACUGUCCAAGAGUAGGGGACAUGGUUAUGAGAAAGAUGAUGUGAACCCUGUGUUGAUCGGCACACAGAUGGUUGAAAGGGUAGUAAACAUGAGGAAGUUAGCUCCCCCCAAGCAAGAUGAUAAUCCAUAUCAGGAAAACCCCUCCAAGAAAUCUUUGUCCCGGGAAAAUUCAGGCUUCGGAAGAUCAUUUUCCAAAAAAUCUUUGGAUAUGGCUCUACGGCACAUGGAUAUAAGACGAAGUGUUAAUGGAACCUUACGCCCAGUUCUGACAAGGGUCUCAUCUUCUUCAGCAAAUGGUAUCCGGUCUAGCUCCACAAAGAACAAGACAGGUAGCGUUUCUGACUCGCCACUUGCCACGAGCAGCACUACUAGUUCCGAGCCUAGUAUCAACAAUAGCUCUAAUAAUGUAAAUUGGAGUGAACCGGAGGAUGAUAACUUUGGUUGUGAGAGGGAACUAUCCUCCCCUACGAGCCAGCAGCAUCUGGAGCAGUAACGUGUAGGACUCCAUCUGAUAUUUAUAUAUUGUUGUGUGCUUGAAUUAUUUCAUCAUGUUGUCUUUGAAACUCCUACCUUGAAAUAUUGCAUCUGGAUUUAUUUUUCAGGGAUCCUUUGCAAUAGUACGUAGUAGCAUUUCUUGUGCUAUGUACUUGUUCUUUUCUUGACUAGCAAAGAAGAAACUUUUCUUGUAAUUAUCAUGGAAAAACUGAAGUUAGAUUGGUUAUGUUACUCUUCAAUUGUAUGAA